AUGGCAGUUUCUACAAAGUUCAGUUUCACCGUGAGAAGCAUUUUGGAUUUGCCGGAGAACGAUGAGGAAAGUUUGCCUCACCAUGACUCACUUCACUCCUACGUUUCAUCUUACUCAUCCUGGGUUGACAGCAAUGGGACUCACUGCCUAUCAUCAAAUGAAAGUAGCCAUGAAACCUCACCUGACUCAACCAAGCCAGAAGAGGCCUCCACGGAAACUGAUUGCGAGAAGAAGAAACGUCGCGUGCUCUUCUCGAAGGCCCAGACCUAUGAACUGGAGAGGCGCUUCCGUCAACAACGUUACCUGUCAGCUCCAGAACGUGAGCAGCUGGCCCACCUUCUUAGUCUUACACCCACACAGGUCAAGAUUUGGUUUCAGAAUCACAGAUAUAAAAUGAAGAGGGCAAGAACCGAGGGCAUUCAAGACAUCAGUCAAGACCACUUGUUACGCCGUGUCGUCGUACCAGUCCUUGUCCGGGAUGGCAAACCCUAUCAGACCUGCAUCAUCGACGCGGUCAAGGGAGGUUGUAUGGUCCCCCCAACAGUUCCUUCCUCAUCCUACAGUCUCCAGAGUCUUCAGUCUUUACAGCAUCCAUCAUCAUUUGCGCUUUUCCCCAGAUAUCAGCACUUCACAAAUUCCCUGACGUCAAGACACCACUUACCUUGGUGA